ACUGGGAGCGGAGAGCCAGCUCUGGCAAACUGUGUGCAGACGCAUUGCCGACCUGCUCCGCUCGACAACUGCACAGCGAAGCCCCCCGCGCCCUGGGGCAGUGGAGACUCGGUACCCGCUCCUCGCCCGUGUGUGGCCCGCCCGGAGCUGCUUCACAGGUUCAGUCCGGACAGCGGGAGAGCGCGACUGAUGUUUCCUCAGAUGUGCUAAACUGCUUGCCCUUGGCUCAGAGCCGGAGCUUGGAGGCAGCGGUUUAACGAAGUCUCUCGUCCGGCGCUGAGUUUGACACGCCGACUGACCCACAGCUCAGCAACUGUUGACCGGAAAGAUAAAAAACGCUGCAAGCUCCCCAGAGAAUAAACAUGAGGUGCCGGUUAAUGCAACUGUUCAGCUUGCUGCUGCUGGUCGAGGCUGCCCUAGCGGGUGGCAAAUCUUACUCGGGACCGUGUAACGGCAGAGACUGCUCGGCGGGAUGUCAGUGCUUCCCUGAGAAAGGAGCGAGAGGCCGUCCGGGAUCUCCAGGAUUGCACGGAGCCCAGGGACCACCGGGCCCACCCGGCCAUCACGGAGUGUCCGGACACAAUGGAGUGAAAGGCGACCGAGGGUUGGAAGGUCGGAUUGGCCAGGCGGGAGACAAGGGACCGAUGGGAGUGCCUGGAUUUGCAGGGAAUGACGGGAUUCCGGGCCACCCAGGACAACAUGGCCCCCGAGGACCACCCGGACGAGAUGGCUGCAAUGGGACCCGGGGAUACGCCGGUAGAAGGGGAACAUCUGGCUUCUCGGGUCAGCCUGGCCGGCCUGGAUCUCACGGGCUGAAGGGCCAGAAAGGUGAACCUCUCCUCGUCACAAUGGAUGGCAAGAGCCACAGGGGCCGUCCUGGUGUUCCAGGCAUUCCCGGUUUUCGGGGUGUAACUGGUCCCUCAGGAGAGAUGGGUCGACAAGGCUCCCCAGGAUACCAAGGGCCGCAGGGACCUCGUGGGCCUCCGGGUGUUCUAGGACCAAAGGGCAACGACGCAGUGGGCUUCCAUGCGGAGAAGGGGGAAAAGGGAGAACCUGGAUUGCCAGGAGAUAAUGGUCCCCAUGCAUCUUACAAUUCACCAACCAUCACCUAUUUGAAUGGAAAGAAGGGAGAAAAGGGAAAGUACGGAAAACCAGGAAUGAAGGGAGAAACAGGAACACCUGCAAUCCAGGGAGAUCCGCGUCAACAGGGCGAGAAGGGAGAGGCGGGAGUGCUGGGGCUACCGGGCCCGAGGGGCACCAGCGGUUCGGAUGGACCCUCAGGCCACGACGGGCCAACGGGGUAUCCAGGGAGACCGGGUAUCUUAGGAGAAACAGGCUGGCCCGGAAUGAAGGGGGAUCGUGGUGAUCAUGGUCUUCCAGGUAGAACCAUAAUUCUCCCCGGAGAUGUUGCAAAAGGUCUGAAGGGCCUGCCUGGUCUAAAAGGAGAUCGAGGAGAGCGAGGAGACACGGGAUACCAGGGCCCCCCUGGAGCCCAGGGUCCUCGUGGUGACACCAGCUACUACCCAGGUAAGGAAGUGGGAAAGUACGGAAAACCAGGAAUGAAGGGAGAAACAGGAACACCUGCAAUCCAGGGAGAUCCGCGUCAACAGGGCGAGAAGGGAGAGGCGGGAGUGCUGGGGCUACCGGGCCCGAGGGGCACCAGCGGUUCGGAUGGACCCUCAGGCCAUGACGGGCCAACGGGGUAUCCAGGGAGACCGGGUAUCUUAGGAGAAACAGGCUGGCCCGGAAUGAAGGGGAAUCGUGGUGAUCAUGGUCUUCCAGGUAGAACCAUAAUUCUCCCCGGAGAUGUUGCAAAAGGUCUGAAGGGCCUGCCUGGUCUAAAAGGAGAUCGAGGAGAGCGAGGAGACACGGGAUACCAGGGCCCCCCUGGAGCCCAGGGUCCUCGUGGUGACACCAGCUACUACCCAGGCCGCCCGGGAUUGCCCGGCACACCGGGAUUCGCCGGACCAAAAGGAUUCCAGGGGGAAGUGGGGUGGCCGGCAGAAGAGCCCGGAUCCAUAGGGUUCCCAGGAGACCCGGGACAGCCAGGCCUACCUGGACCUCCAGGACCAGCGUCCCCUGCAGUGCUUUACGGUGAACAAGGGGAAUCAGGACUACAGGGCUACCCCGGUCAGAGGGGAGCAACUGGAAACAAAGGUGACGAUGGGAUCUGUGCCUGCAUCGCGAGCAGCAGGGGAUCCCCUGGAUUCCAUGGACCAGCUGGACUGCCCGGUUUUCCCGGGGUCCCAGGCGCGGCAGGGCAGCUGGGGGAGGAAGGGCCCAAUGGGCCGAAUGGAGCCCCCGGCCUUCCCGGAGAGGCUGGGACCACUGGAGAUACCGGUCGGAAGGGGCAGAAAGGCGAAUCCAUCUUCGUCCCUACUAUCAACAUCAAAGGUUCUAAAGGCGACGAGGGAGACCAGGGUCAAGGUGGAGCUCCCGGACAGCCAGGGAUCCCGGGACUGAAUGGCAAACGAGGCGAGCAGGGCCGGCAAGGACGUCACGGCGAUGCUCAGAAAGGUUCCCCCGGUGAUCCAGGAUUCCCAGGAAUCCCUGGUCAGAAGGGCUUCCCCGGACCGUCGGGGUUGCCGGGCCUGGGUUUCCGAGGGCCUAACGGCAAACCCGGGCUGCCCGGAGACUUUGGAAUUGACGGUGUCGCAGGAAUCCCAGGAGCUCAAGGCUCACCUGGUGAUCCAGGUGAGUGCGUCGAGGAGCAUGAACCAUCGGCAACAGGCCACAGAGGUUUCCCAACAGGUGUUCGUUGUGGGAGCCCAGGGCUGAAGGGGCAGCAGGGAGCGGCGGGUGCACCAGGAGUGUCAGGUGCCAAAGGGCAGCAGGGAUUACCAGGAGUAUCAAGGAGAGGAUAUCCAGGACAGAAAGGAUUCAUCGGACAGAUGGGACCAGGAAUUCCUGGACCAGCAGGUUUCAUCGGGCCCCGUGGCCAGAAGGGAGUGGCUGGUAGGUCCGGGCGCCCUGCGGAGUCAGGCCUGCAGGGAAGGGACGGAGAGCCAGGCCCACAGGGAGCUAGAGGUUGGCCUGGUGAAGCAACCGGAGCGCUGCCCGGCAUCCAGGGUGAGCCCGGCAACCAGGGGCGGCCUGGAGCCAAAGGAAGUGCUGGAGACGCAGAUGUGCAUGGUCUACAAGGAUUGGACGGAGCUCCGGGAACGCCGGGAACGAAGGGCGAGCGUGGUCAGGCAGGCCUGCCCGGCCCUGCCGGAUUCCCCGGAGCAGAGGGACAGUCCAGGGGUGCAGGGGCAUCGGGACUGCCCGGCUUCCCGGGAGUGCCAGGACCAUCCGGACCCACGGGUCCUCAGGGGUACAUCGGAGGUCGAGGUGACCGUGGGCCCCCAGGUCCCGCUGGGAUGAAGGGAUUGCCUGGAAUUCCCGGCAACUUGGGCAUUCCCGGAGAUAGUGGCUUUCCCGGAGCAGACGCUCCGUUUGGCGUGGACGGGCUGCCAGGACUCGAUGGGCUGAAGGGUGCGAAAGGUUCACUAGGAAUAAGCGGAUUCCCUGGCGGUGAAGGAUAUAAUGGUCGACCUGGAAUCCCAGGACUGAAGGGGGAACCGGGAUUUACCGGACCGAUAGGCUUUCUUGGUCCCACGGGGAACAAAGGGUUUAAAGGUGACCGAGGAGAGAAGGGCCCACCUGGGCCAGCACCACCCAUUGAACCAGCCAUGAUGAUCAAAGUGAAGGGGAACAAAGGCGAUUUUGGUUCCUCCGGCGAUCCUGGCUUCACUGGUCCCAGAGGGAGGAAAGGAAUGCCUGGUUACCCGGGCCAACGGGGUCAACCUGGUUUUCCCGGAAUUCCCGUAUUGGAGAAAGGCAUAAAAGGAUUGCCGGGAUUCCUGGGUGAACCCGGAAGCAAAGGAAUGCCUGGAGCUAAGGGGCCUCCGGGCAUCAGAGGCUUUCCUGGGAUGGAUGGUGAUAAGGGUCUUGUGGGUGUCCCAGGCUUGCCAGGAUCGCUGGGAAAUCGUGGAACCCCUGGAUAUAAAGGUGAAGUGGGCGAAACGAUGAACAUGCCGGGAGUGCCUGGAUACAAGGGUGAAAUAGGGCCAGCAGGGGUCAAAGGCAUGCCCGGUACGACAGGCCUGCCCGGAAUACCCGGACAGCCCGGAGGUCCCGGCAUCGAGGGGAUGAAAGGGAGUCGCGGGAAUCCCGGACAUCCAGUCCAGCAGGGCUCUCCUGGAUCCUCAGGAACUCCGGGUGACAGAGGGCCGCAUGGCCCGCAAGGUUCUGCCGGUUCUGUGGGAUUUCCAGGAUACGGGGGAUACAGAGGGGCAAAAGGAUUACGGGGCCCUGAUGGUUUGCCAGGAUUGAAUGGGUUGAAAGGAUCCAAAGGUCUCGGGGGAUCGCCAGGUGUGCGUGGGAAAGGAGCCGAAGGCCACCCUGGGCAAGAGGGUGAGAAAGGAGAGCAAGGAGUACCCAACACCCAGCCAGGAGAGCCUGGACAACCCGGAGCGCCUGGACCCAGGGGCAACAUCGGUUACCGCGGUGCCGUUGGCUUACGUGGACCCCCAGGACCUCCCGGACCCUUAUUCCCGUCAGACAAGCAAGGGAAACCAGGUGACCCUGGACCACGGGGGUUUGACGGAGCCCAAGGUCAUUCUGGCCUGCCAGGCCCCUCCGGCAGAGCUGCUUUCCCAGGGAUCAGAGGUGACGAAGGAGAUCCAGGAAGAGCUGGACCACUUGGGCCACGUGGACCUGCGGGAGAGGGGGGGCCUCUCGGCCUUCCUGGGAUCGAUGGCAUUCCCGGCAACAAAGGUCAUAAAGGGGACCAGGGCAUGAUGGGGUUCCCUGGGGGUAAGGGCCAACCUGGAGAUCCAGGAGCCACUGGUGUGAAAGGUUAUAUGGGACUUCCAGGUUCAAAGGGAUUUCCAGGUCCUCAGGGCCCAGUCGCUGUUCCUCAACCCUUGGCAGUUUCGGAAGGUCUUCGUGGGCUGCCAGGAGACCCUGGACGCCAUGGAUUUCCUGGAGAUCCUGGUACAAAGGGACUUUAUGGCGAUCAAGGUCCCAAGGGCCCAAAGGGUCAAACAGGAUUGCCCGGCCUGUUCAACUCACCCGGAGUGGCAGGCCCGCACGGUGACCCGGGUUUGAUCGGACGACAGGGUCCACAAGGAUUUCAAGGACCACCGGGAGUGCCGGGAUCGCGUGGGAUGGUGGGAAUGCCGGGCCGCAGCGUCAGCGUAGGAUAUCUCCUGGUCAAGCACAGCCAGGCGGAGCAAGUGCCACCCUGCCCCUUGGGCAUGAACAGGCUCUGGGACGGAUACAGCCUCCUCUACGUGGAAGGACAGGAAAAAUCCCACAACCAGGACCUGGGCCUAGCUGGCUCCUGUAUGCCUCGCUUCAGCACCAUACCCUUCGUCUACUGCAACAUCAACGAAGUGUGCUACUUCGCCAGCAGAAACGACAAGUCGUACUGGCUGUCCACCAACGCUCCCAUCCCCAUGAUGCCCGUGGCCGAUGAAGACAUCAAGCCGUACAUCAGCCGGUGCUCAGUGUGUGAGGCUCCAACCCUCGCUGUGGCCGUCCACAGCCAGGACAUCACCAUCCCCAUGUGCCCGCUGGGCUGGCGCAGCCUCUGGAUCGGUUACUCCUUCCUCAUGCACACGGGCGCGGGCAGCGAGGGUGGCGGCCAGUCACUGGUCUCUCCCGGCAGCUGCCUGGAGGAUUUCCGCACCACCCCCUUCGUGGAGUGUAACGGCGCGCGGGGCACCUGCCACUACUUUGCCAACAAGCAGAGCUUCUGGCUGUCCACCAUCGACCCCGAGCAGCAGUUCGAGGAGCACCCGGCCUCUGAAACGCUGAAGGCCGGGCAGCUCCUGACGCGGGUGGGCCGCUGCCAGGUCUGCAUGAAGAACUUGUAACCACGCCAUCGGACCACCACUCCCGGCUGCCCAUCUCCACGCCGAGACAGGAAACACUCCGUCCAGUUGCCCUUGGGUUUUCCGGGUCACUCCCCUCACCAAGCCCUGACUGAGUGGCGCUCCUCAAGGUGGGCCCUGCUUGCUAUCGCCUAAUGCCCUGCUUGCUGGACCCAAACACUAUUCUCUGACCCAACACAGCUCAAUAUCCACGGGCUGCCUGCCGACAAUGGCCUUGACGCUCUGCACCCCAUUCCCGCCUGACACCCAGAACCUGGGGCCACGUCCCACCCUCCCUAGUAACCUCACCCCCCCCAUCCCACCUGAGGCUCCUCGCCCUGACUGCGGGAGUUCCGCAGUGUCACUGGAGGGGAGGCUCACACCAAGGGAGUGCUGCCCAUUGCAAUGAGGAGUUGGUGGUGAUGGAGACCGAUCUUGGGGAUAUUCUGCCGUUGUGAUGAGUUGUGUCUCUGCCCAGGGAAUCUGCCCUCCCAUGCAUCAACCUACAGUAACAUUAGGAGGUUUUCCUUUGCUCGAAGAUAGACACAAAUUGCUGGGAUAACUCAGUGAGUCAUGCAGCGUGUUUUUUGGAGAAAAGGAAUAGGUAAUGUUGUUUCAGAUCGAGACUCUUCUUCAGACACAUCAAUCUGAACCCAAAACGUCACCCAUUCCAUUUCCCCAGAGAUGCUGCCCUACCCACUGAGUUACCCCAGCAGUCUGUGUAUAUCUUCAGUGUAAACCAGCAUCUGCAGUUCCUUCCGACACUUCUUCCUUUGCUGUAUGUAGGAACCUGAUGUCUUGUCACUUGGCUGCUAAUUUUGUUGGCUUGUUGGGUCCUGACAGGCUCCCCCAAGGAGGGAAAAGGCGCUAUAUAAAUUCAAGGCUUGUUUCCUUGUUCCUGAGAAAAAGAAACGGAAUUGUGGGACCUUGUGGGUGGCUUGUGGGAAAAAGAGCUCUGGUCUGAGACUCAGCACAGGACACACGGUUACUGACAUAUUUUACCAGGUAGAUGGAUGCAGCCAGAAUCUCCAGACAAAUACUCAAAGUGCUGGAGUAACUCAGCGGGUCAUGUCGCCUAGUUCCACGGCCUCCUGACCCGCUGAGCUACUCCACCGUUUUGUGUCUUCUCCGUAACCACACCUAUCCAUCUUCUCCAGAGAUGCUGCCUGACCUGCUGAAUUACUCCAGCACUUUGUGCCUUUUCUUUGUAAACCAGUAUCUGCAGUUCCAAACUUUCCCCAACUGGGACUGGGACUGGCCCUGGCCAGGAACACGACUCUAUCAAAGGUUUAUCCGUGAGGGUUCGUUGGGUCCCAACGGGUUGAUCGAAGGAGGAUAAAGGUGAACCCUGGCAUUAUAAACAGGGGUCCCACGUAUAUAACAGCAAAUAUUUAAAUGCUUCAAUAAAGACAAUCAGAGCUUUUUAGCAAUAAC